UUCGUUUUGAAAUUACAAAUACAUGUCGUCGGCAGUUCGUUUUUCCACUCGGUCGCAGCUGCAGCUUAUUUUUGAACUCGGCGCGCAAAUACAUAUUACCCGAGCGCUUUUUCGUGAUUCCGGCCCUUGGCACGCUCCGAACAACAACAUCAACAUUGGACUCCAGACUCCGUAAAGCCCGUCUUAUAAUUUGUUCAAAAUUAUUUGCAUGUCUUAAUUAAUUUUAAAACAACCAACAACUGCAGUCGCUGCAAUAGUUCAAUAAGGAAAAAGCAAAACCGACAUCACCGAUCCGAUUUGUUUGUAUUUUAUGCGGCUUUUGAAAAUUCUACGAAAAUAAGACUAACUGAUUUGCAUGAUCCCAACGAGAAACACUUCGACCAAUAUCGCACUCAAUCAAGGAAUUUAAAAAGAUAAUAUUCUUAACAGUGACAAUAACUCAAUUAUACCAAAUCGCUAAUGAAAUUGGACACCUCCAGAAACCCCGCUCGAUGUGCGUGGGUGGUGGCGCAUCACCUGUGAAUCGAACUCGGAGCCAUGUUGAGCCGCUGACCAGAGGCCAAGAAACCCGCGUAGGAGUCUUCUGCCAUGUGAGCAGCGCUCAGUCAGCGCACACAACAAGCAACGAACAGCAAAACUACCGAAAAGAAAAGCUAUCCAGGGACAGGUUGCACUAACAUCGAGCUCCAAAUGGAGGCCCCUGAUCAGGAUGUCAUGCUGGAGGGCGGCGAAGACCUUAUGUCCACAUCGGCCUCCUCCACAAAUGGCGGGGACACUAAUGGUUGCGGCAAAAAAUUGACCGUAACCUCGCCGGAUCCCACGUCGUACGUGACCAAGCAGCGAGUGACGCGGCCCACGCCGCCUGCUCCUUCGAAGAAUCCGAUGCAGUUCGUCCAGAUCAAGCCCUGCAACCUGUAUCAGACCGCGCAGGAGCAGCUGAAGAAGGCCGAGGAGGUCAAGAAGCUGAAGGAGGUGAAGAAGGAGGAGCCAGAGGAGUGGCAGAACAACCUUGACAAUUGGAAAUCAUCACGGCGAAAACGUGUCGAGCACAUCAUCGAUCGAGCGGUGGAGACCAAGAAACUCGAGCUGGAGGAGCAUGAUCGCAUGCGCCGAAAAUCGAAAACAUUCACCGAAAUGAUGGAGGAGAGGGCUGAAAGGGGCGGACCUCGGGGGCGUGCCAAGCUGGCUUCUCUGGCCGUAUACAACGAGGAUGAGACCAACGAUCUGAGUGAUCUGGGAAUCGGAACCAGCAGCGCCAGCGGAAAGAGCAGUAUGUCCGAGGACUACGACAACAAUAGUGUUAUGAGCGAUCAUGCCGCCGAGCUGGACAAGGCUAUCGGAGCACCUGUCUCUGGAGCUGCCGAAGCAAGCUCGCGAAGCGUGGACGAGCAGCAGAAUCACAUCAACCGCAACGGUAAUGGGAACCACGGGAACGGAGUAGCCGUUGACCGCGGUUACCUGAAUCCGUCUAGGACCGCAGGAAGGGAGUACAUUUCCUCGCCAGGGUACGACACGUCGUCUAGUACCGCGCCAGCUAGUUCCCCAGAUCCAUGUGAGUACACCUACGAGGGAGCCAUCCAGGAUUACACAAGGGUCCAACGGGCCAGCAGUAAUGGCAAUGGAAAUGCCAAUGGCAAGGCGGUCGGAGAACCCAUCGCCUAUCACAGGCGUGGAUCCAAGAUCGAGGACCGCUUGAGCGGCUUUGGUACUUCGCCCAGCGACACGCAAGAGGGCGUAGAGAAGCAGAAGGUGGACGUGCCCAAGGUGGACAUUUCCAAGCGAAAGGAAAUCUUCGAGCAGGUCAAGACGGAAGUGCCCAAUGGCGCUGCCUCCGCGGCUCCAAAACUGGUACUUCGAGAUCGCCUAACAAAUGGUAACGCAGCUCCCACUGCCCCCAAGUCGGAUGUGAGGCGUCUUUCUGGCGACAUAUCCAGCAUUCGGGACCGCAUGCAGAGCUUGGAGCAGCAGAGAAAGGCCUUUAAUUCCAGUAAGAGUGUGGACGUGCCUGUGCCGCCGCUCAAGCAGCGUCUGAACAGCCUGCAGCAGUCCGUUACCAAAGAGGAUCAGAAGAAGCCACCGUUGGUGGCCCUCAUCGAUGCCAGACAACUCGAGAUCAUGAGGGGCGAGGAGGAACGAAUGCGCCAGCAGCAGCAGCUGCAGAAGGAGAAGGAGAAGCACGCCCCACAAAGCACCACUGUGGUCGCUCCUCUGCCACCACCUCCAGCCCUGAUUAUAGAGGAGCCGCCGGUGACAGCCACCAACGAUGACAGCGGUAUCCAGGAGGACACUACGGACGAGCUGCAGCAGCAGCAGCAACAACUCAACGCAGCCAUCGCCGCCUUGGCUCUCGAGGAGCGCCAGCUGGAGGAGGCGGCCAACGCGGUCAACCAAAUCGAAGCGGAGUUCGAUGAGCUGACCGAUCUGAAUCCGUCGCCAUUGCCACCGUCGCCGGCUCAUCCAUCGGCUCAGGCAAACAUCCAACCACUGGCAGCCGCUCCAGCUUCAACACAAGCGGCCAAUCAGGCGGCUGCUCCUCCAUUGCGGGACAUGGAAUUUAGUAUCAACGAAGCUCUUGAAUUAGCGCUGCAAGCCAUCGAUCGCGAGGCGACGCCCGAGCCAAUGGACAAGGCACAACAUUCACACGAGGAGGAGAAGGAGCAGCCGGCGCAGGAGCAGCAGGAGGAGCAGUUGGGGGAUCAGCCGGACGAGGGGGAGCAGGAGCAGGAGCAGGAGACCAAUGAGCAGGGGGAAUCACACACCGAGGGUGGGGAAAUGCCAAAUAAAACCGAUGAGCAGAAGCAGGGGGAACGAGAGCCCAUCUAUGAGAAUGUCAGCUCGACUAUAUCUAUGCACGAAGUAGAUAAUGAACAGAUAGCAACGAUGACGAUAACCACACAGACCCAAGCGACGCGGAGGAGUCACAGGAGAAGCAUUCCAAAUAAGCAACCCAGCAACAAUAACGAGAAUAAUCAAAGCCCUAAUCAAACCAACAGCAGCAGCAAUCAAAACGACAGCACAGCAGCAACCUCAGCAGCAAUCCCCGUGCCACCAGCAACGUCUGGAGAUGUGGAGCCGUACUACCAAGUGCCGAAGGCCACGGAGCCCUACUACGACGCCCCGAAGCAUUUAAGACCCGUGCCCGUCUACGAAAACAUCGAGAUCUUCUACUCGGGCCUGGAGAUCAGUCAGGGAUCAGCGGGAACGCCUCUGGGACCCAUGGAGCCACCCAAAGAGAAGCCUCCGCCACCGCCCACCGAGAGUCCGCCGCCGAUUCCGGUGGACGAGGGCCACGACGACGAGCUGGAUGGGUUGGGCAGCAGCCUGGGGCACAACACCGACACCUGGUCAUCGGACAACACCUACGAGACCAUAUCGAACGGCACCCGCCGGCACCUUCAGGGCAUGGAGCCUGCCCAGCCGUCGCCGCCCAUCAAGCGGAUGAACUCAACCAAGCUCAAGAAGGAGCUGCGCAACAAGCGCUCCAGCUUCCUGGGCAUCGAAACCGACGGGGAUCUCGACGACAUGGAGACCUACCUGGAGCUCACCGUGGCCCCGCCGCCGGACAUGGCGCAACUCCUGCAGGAGGAGAGGCGGCUGGAGAAACAGCUGUACAUCAAGGCGGGACUCUGCGACAGUUCCGACACAGGUGAAAGCCGAGACUCCGGAGUCUCCGAGAACCAUUCUCGUCAGAGCAGCGAGCACUACACAAACUCCUCUGAGGAGAACGACACGCAGUCGGAUGCCACGCCCCCGCCGCUGCCCCCGCCGCCGUCGACCGCCCAGCUGGGCGAAGUCAUCUACCAGAACGAGGGCCUCCUGGCUGCCCAGACGCCGCUUCUCCAGACAGUCAAGGGCAACUCGGCCGAGUCCUGGACGGAGUCGGCGACGGCGGCAGCGGCGGCCACCCAGUCGCUAAGCGAGGCCACAGCGACGGCCAACGCCAAGAUGCAGUCCAUCGAGGACAAGAUCAGGGAGCAGGGCGAGGUGUUGCGGGUGGAGCGGGAGCUACUCCACUUUUCGCAGGAGGAACUGAAGCGCCAGCGUGAGAAUCUUCUGCUCCGUGAGAAUCUAGCCCGCCGGGAACUGCAGCACGGAGCGAAGAUGCUGCUGUCAAACAACCGGCGCUCCCUGCAGGACCUGCACCACGGCCUGGGCAUCGGCAACGGAAUGCUGAGUGCCUUCCAACCGCCGCAGCACCACCAGGCGCCAAUGCCCCCACCGCAUCCGCAGCAGAUCUACGCCAAUGUGCCGCAGCAGCAGCAACAAGCAGCGCUGUACGCGUAUCACCAAAUGGACACGGACUACCGCAAGUCCAUGUCGGACCUGAACGAGUUUUCCAAUCGCCUGAUGCUGCCGCCAACGCCGCCGACGAAGCCCCUGAGGGCGAUGCAACUGAACGCCAAUGGCCAUGGCCUGGAGCCGGACUACGCGGUUAGCUCGAGGCAGCGCCAGCCGCCUGUUCCGUACGGAGGAUCUCUGGUGAAGAUCGCUGGGGCACCGAUGCCGCCUCGGAUCUCUGGCCAAGGAUAUCCCGUUCAAGCGUCGGCAGCGGCCGCCUACCACCACCAGUCGGCCCAGAACCUGAGCAAUAUGUCCCGGAACACAUUGCUCGCCCUGAGUGCCACCCCCAAACCCAAGUACACGGACGGAUGGGUGCAGGUGCAGCAGCGGAAGAGCUACGACAGCCACCAGGCCAACGACCCGGCCUGGCUGUCCGCCCAGCAGCAGAAGCGCAAGUCCAUGCCGGACUACGGCGGAGCCCUCUACAACAACAACCACUGGCUGCUCCAGGAGGCGGAGCAGCGACGCAUCGAGCAACUCAACCGGCGGUCGAUGCCGGCCAGUAAGUCGAAGGGCAAGCCGCUGCCCGACUCCAUCAUCCAAACGCUGACGGAACGGGUCCAGAGCAAGGGCAUCGGCGAUCGAAAGCGCUUCGAUGGCAACGGCAACUACAGCCAGGUCAACGGCAACACCAAUGGCUACCAGCAGCAACAGCAGAAGUCCAACACCACGAACGGCAGCAACAUCAACGGCGGCAGCAGCCAGGAGAAGGUGCUCAGCGUCAGCGGCAAGAAGAAGUGCUCCCACUGCGGCGACGAACUAGGUCGCGGCGCUGCCAUGAUCAUCGAGUCGCUGUUGCUCUUCUACCACAUCAACUGCUUCAAGUGCUGCGUCUGCCACGUCCAGCUGGGAGAUGGCCUCAAUGGAACAGAUGUCCGGGUGCGGAAUCACAAGCUGCACUGCCAGAACUGCUACUCCAGCGAUGAUGGCAUCAAGUUCAGCUGCGUCUAGCCGAGUCCUUGCCAAGGAUGCGGGAGUCACAUCGAAGACGGAAGCGGGGAUUGUUGUUGUUCUUGUUGCUCUCGCAACAUUGAUUGUUGUUGUUGUACUAGUAAUACAUAGAUACUAACUACUGACGUAAUUCGCAUAUAAACUACAUACAUAUAUCCAUGUUGAGAACAAAGUCAAAUGCAAAACGUUUCAGAUUAGUGUUAAUCGCUUCUACGAAAGUACGAAAUUUUUUGAUGUCUGCAUUGCUUUUUGACUCAGAUUUUAACUUUUUAUAUACAAUAUUCUACAUGUUUAAAAUCCGACGUUAUACAUACACAAAUAUGUUUGAAAAGCUAAGCUCUCUAAAGUUUUACGCCAAGUCAAAGUAAAAUUUCAAAAUGCGAUUUAAGUGUUGAAGAUUAUUAGACAAAAUUAUAAAACAAAAAGGAAGAAAGUUCUAUGAACGUUGUUAAAAUUUUGAAAUUGUAUAUUGCCUACAUAUAUAUAUAUCUACCAGACAUAUAAAAAUUGUACAUUAUUUUGAACCAAA